AGUAAAUUCUGUCAGUUAGCAGACAUUUCCCCGCGAAUUUUUUCCUGCAAAAUUUAGGUUAUUUGUGAUGAUUAAUGCAUUGUCUGCAUAAUGCAGAAACCCCCAAACUGUCAUAAAUGUUCUGGAGCGUUCGUUGUGAAAGAUGGGGGAAGGACACACAAGAGACCAUUGCUCCUGACAUGUGGUCAUACUUUCUGUGAGACAUGUCUGCUGGGUCUUGCCAAGGAGACCAGAACAGCCAUACACUGUCCGAAGUGCAGGGAAGAAACAGACUUGCCAAAUGGAGAAUCUGGGGUCAAACUGCUGUGUGAGGAUCGCUAUAUGGUCGGAACAGUAUUGCAGAACCAGAAAACACUCCUAGAACUGGAAUUGGCAAAGCUGAAGGAAUUAUCAAGAACUGUGACACAGAAAAAGAAAAACACAGAGGAUAUGUGUCGUGAGUGCUGUAAGCGGCAGGCUGUCAGCUACUGUGGAAAGUGUGACUGUAACCUCUGCUCCAUCUGCUUCACAAGGGUUCACAACAUGUCCAAAUCCCUGAUGCAGCACCAGGCAAUGCCAAUAGAGGAAGUCAGCCUAUUGGAGUGCUCACAGAUGUGUAAGACCCACGAGACGCGGCCCAUCGAGUAUUUCUGUGAAGAUGACCAGAUGAUCAUUUGUUCCCGAUGUGUUAUAGUUGGAAAUCACAAGGGGCAUAACAUCUCCUCUCUUGAGGAUAAGAAUCGACUCAUUGUGAGUGAAAUGGAGCCAAAUCUACAAGUGGCUAACCUGGUCUUCAAAAAACUGAAGAAAAUCGACAAGGAGUUGAACACUUUGGUGCCAGACUGUCAGCGUGAGAUUAGACCAGUGUUACACGACCUCCGCGCACACUUCCACUACCUGCACGGUCUGCUACAGGUCCGGGAACACGAGCUUGAACGACAUGUACUGCAGGUGUCACGGCAACAGUUAAAGCCCCUUGAAGACCUGAAAGAUGAGCUUGAGAAGGAAUUCAAAAUGCUGGACAUCACUAUCAAAUCCGCCCAGCGCGUGAUGAACAAUAAUGAUGAAGUAAUCGUCAAUGCGAAGGAAAUACUGGAAAAGCUGAUCCAUGCUCGAGACAUCCCGUGCAUCAUCGAGCGCACUGACGACUGGAAUGCUACUGACAGGAUCAUAUUCAAUGCAGGAACGCCAGUCGAUGCCCUGUUACUUCACCAUGGGGAGAUCGCAGAGAAAGACAAACCAAGGUACAAAGUCCACACGUACAGGGAGCAGCCCGAGAAAUUCUCCCUGGAAGAGCUAGACAGUCAGCCAAGUACGCCCGUGUUUACGCCUUUAGACUCCCUCAGUCUUGCCUCCGAUACCACAUCUCGGAGCGAUGACAUCAUCAUUGAAGAGGAGCAGGAGAUUUUACUAGGUGAUGAUGGGGAACACGUUCAGUCUCGUAAAGUACAACCCAAGGGCCCUCAACCCACGCUACCCAAGAAAGCCAAGUUUAAAGGCCAGAAUGAGAAUGUGUCAGUAACGCACAUCCAUUCCCCGAACAAAUUUGUUGUUCAGCUCCAACGGGAGUCCUCCAGACUGACGACCAUGUCAUACGCCAUCCAGCGCUGGUGUAACAGUCCAGCUGCUAACAAACACAUGGUCACUGAGGUGGAUGUGGAUGACUUUGUGCUGGCCAAGUAUUCUGUGGAUAAACAAUGGUACAGGGGACGUAUCAAACAUGUUAUACAACAUGACAUGGACGACUUCAGUAAAACUGUUGUGGAGGUGGCAUUCAUUGACUUUGGCAAUGUGGAACAAGCUGAGGUAGAAAGGUUACGGAUGAUGCAGUCCAAGUUCAUGAAGCACCCAGAGUUCUCCAUCGAGUGCUGCCUGGUUAAUCUGGUUCCCAAAGAUAAGGAUGGGACCUGGUCCGUGGAAGCCGUCCAGACAUUUGCAAAAAUGGUUGAUGGGAAAACAAUGCUGCUAACGGUGGUCCAGGAAGAGGGAGGGGUAUUAAUGGUGGACCUGAGUAAACCAGCAGAUGAGGAGAUUGCUGAUGACCGGCCGAUCUCAGUACGUGAUGCUCUUGUUUUCCUCGAUCUGGCCAAUGUGGAGUCCCCAUAUUCACUGCCAGAACCAGGCGCUGCCCACGCCCCAAAGAGGAACUAUCUCACUCCGAAUCCCAAGGAUGAGGGAGAAUCAUACCCUGUCAUUGUCAGUUAUGCCGGCACUCCGGACCGCUUCUAUAUACAGGAGCUAGGGGAAGAAGCGAACUACCUGGCAACCAUGAUGGCCCACCUCCAGGACACGUAUGCCAAACAGAACAAGGACUCCUGGCAGAUCAUAUACCCUCAGAUAGGUAUGAUCUGUGUGUCACAGUUCAGCAGUGACGGGAUGUGGUAUCGGGCUCGGGUGAUUGAGUUGCCAGGCAACAAGGAUGUUGUCGUGCACUACGUCGACUAUGGCAACACGGAGCGUGUCAGCUUCUUCAAUAUCCGCAAGAUUCUUGACUCAUUCCUUAUCCUUCCAGCUCAGGCCAUUCCCUGUUGCUUGAAAGAUGUGGCACAGCCGGAGGAGGGUUGGACAAAUGAGUGCCUGCAGUUCUGGUCCGACCUGGUCACAAUGCAGAAGUUUGUGAUGAAGGUGAUAUCUGUCGAAUCUGUCCUGGGAGUGGUUUUGCGAGAUCCGAACAUCGAGGAUAUGUACCACUCAAUCAAUAUCAGCCUGGUUGAGAAAGACAUGGCCGACAGCACUGGAAGAUGGUCAGCUCCCCAGAACAUGACGGAACUUCAGUCCAGUAUCAAGGAGGUAGUGCCUCGUCUAUCAUAUCAGACUUCUGGAACCUGCUUUCCUGAGCCUUGUGAUAUGGACCAUCAACCUGUGUACUGGAAAUCCCGUAACAGCAAACCAACACGGAGGUAUGAGGAGACCAAACUAACCCCACCCACCUCACCGGUCCCACUCAGGAAGUCAAGGGGUCAAAGGUCAGGCAACAGUGAUCAGGGGCCAGGUCAAAGGUCAAAGAGGCCACAAAAGGGCCGGGAACAAGAUAGGGAAGAGGGAUCUUCAGCUUCUUCUGGCUCAGCGACACCUGUUGGGAGGAGCCCAAGGAAAGAAGUUAAGCCAAAAGUGAAAUCCCCAACAUCGAGGAGAAGUAGCUCUUCAUCAGAGAAGAAGAAGAAAAAGAUGGUUUCGCCGGAUAUUGAGGUGAAGAUGACACAUUUUGUGUCCCCUUCGGAAUUCUACCUGCAGAGGGCAGAGGCUGGAAAACAGGGAUUAGAUCAAUUGAUGCAGGAUAUGAACAAAGCCUUCCAGAACACCGAGCCAGAAUGGUUGAACCUGAAGAAAGGCUCGUUCUGUGUAGCUUUUUCUACGUCCAUGGGCCGAUGGUAUCGUGCCAAGGUCAAGAAGGUUCUCCACAAAACACUCAUGGAGGUAUACAUGAUUGACUACGGCUUUUCCGAAGUGCUUAGCGUAAGUAAUCUGCGAGCCACACUGCGUCAAUUUCGUCUUCACCCGAGUUACGCGUUCGCUAGCAAGCUGUACGGUGUUCUGCCGGCUGGAGGAAUGUCAGAGUGGUCACGAACGGCAUGUGAAUUCAUGGAGGACCAGAUCUGCAACAAGAAACUGUUUCUGUUAAAGAGGGAUAGCCCGGAGGAUGGUAAGGUGCCUAUAGACCUGGUAUAUGAGGAGUACGUACAAGAAACGGCCUUGGAGCCGGGCAUUCGGACAUUCCAUUCCAUUAUUGACCGCCUCAAGGAGCAGGGACUGGCCAUACCAAUGCCCAAGAAGCUCACAGAGACUACAAAGGAAGAGAAGGUCUUUCCUGUGCUGUAUUUUAAGAAGGCAGAGGCUGAAGUGAAGACUGGUGACAAGGUGAUGCCGGUGUAUGUGGACUUUGACGCUGUCAUCCACUGUUACACCAUGGAAGGUGACGACUUGUUCCAGUCUAUGUGUGACAGUCUACAGCAAAAGUUCAAGUACAGCGACCCACAUGGCCCUGAACAGAAGUGGAUCAAGGGGCAGGCGUGUGUGGCCUUCUAUGAGAAGGACCAAGCAUGGCAUAGGGCCGCCAUACUUGAGGUUGACCCAGAAAAAGUGAAGAUCAACUUCAUUGACUAUGGUAACAGCGAGUGGGUGGGGUAUGAAUGUUUGAGAGCGGAUAUUGAAGAAUUUACCCACAUUCCCCAGCAGACCUUCCUGUGUACUCUACAUGACAUCAGGCCGGUGGUGGAGGAUAGUAAAUGGGACACCGCCGUCUUGGAAAUGAUGCAUCGGGAUCUCGUCAACAAGUACUGCAUCAUCACUGUCGUGGAGAAGUUAGGUUAUGCCAGUGAGCACAUGACAGUACAUCUAGAAAUCGGAGGCAAGGAUUAUGGUUCUCGGCUUGUCCAGUUUGGACUGGCCCAGCGGGGGGAAUAUAUAACUGACCAGGAGAUUAUUAGCAAGCAGAUACAGGCUGCAAUACAGGCCGAGAACCCAUUCAAACGCCAACAACUUGCAUCAGCGGCAGAAACAGUUGAUGUUUUAGUCACCCAUAUGGAAUUGCCCAAUGUGGUGUAUGUACAGAACAUGAGACUGGACAUAAGUCCAGACAUGUCAAAGAUGACGCGUACAAGACGGGAGGCCAACAACGACCAGCUUAACAAGCUGGAGAUGUGCCAGCAUGAGCUCAACACCAUGGCCCCCACCCUGACUAGCAUACCGAGCCCUAAAAUUGGAAUGGCAUGUUGUGCAAAGUUUAAGAUGGACCAGUGUUGGUAUCGAGCCCUCAUUGUGGACAUUCUCACUGACAAUAACCUGAUAUUGGUCCAUUUUGUCGACUAUGGAAACUCGGAAUAUGUUCGUAUUAACAAACUGCGAGCCCUACCCCAGAGUCUUAUGUCCCUGCCAUGUCAGUCUCAUGCCUGUAUUUUGGCAAACCUCCAGCCGCCCAAUAACAUCUCUGCCUGGACGAAGCUAGCAGAUUACCACAUGAGAGAGGCUUGCAUUAGCCAGACAGUUUCUGCCCAUGUCAAGAGUGUAGAACCAACCACAGUUGAGCUUUACCUUCCUGAAAAUGAUGAAGAAACCUUGGUGUACCAGUCUGUAAUUGACAAGGGAUAUAUCUUGUAUACAGUCAAGGAUCAUUCGAACCCAACUACUCCAGUUUUGCCAGAGACUCAAUAUGUUGAAACUAGAAAUGUAGGAAAGAGCCCAGUACAGAAUGUUGAUAACUGUAUUGAGCAUAUACAAGCAAACGAUGCAAUCAGUGUGAAAUCUUCUAGUGCACACUGUGAGCAGAAUUUGAAUAAUAGAAAAGCUGCAUCAUUGUCAUCAGCGAAUUCUGUUUCCAGCGAACAAAGCGUUACUAUGGGUGUGCAGUCAAACAUGGUUUAUGAGUUUAACAAUGAGCAAAGUGAGAGUAGCUCGGCACUUGGAGAUUCAGAAUCUUUGUCCAAAUCUUGGGCCGAGAUGGCAGAGGAGGGGUCAACAUUGGAUUACGAGGAGUUACCUGAAUUUGAAACAGAUUCUGAAAGGUCGGAGCAGGAACCGAUUAAAAGGGCUAGCACUCUUGGGAAAAGGGAGCUUACUGUUGCAGGGAUUGAUAAUUUAAAUGCAGGAGCUGGGAAAACAUCUAUACAGACUAACAUAAAUAUUGACAAAUGUGCUGAGGGGAGUUUGAAAUUGAAUUCAAAAGAUGAAGAGCUUUCUUCGGGGGAGAUAAAUCUUGUAAAAGGGGGAGAAACUGAGGUGGGAAGAAAGAGGGGAAAACUUAGCGAAGAGGAGAGAAAGCGAGUCAAGGAAGAGCGAAGGAAGAAUCGUGAGGGAACAAAAGUAGAGUCUGUUCAACAUGAUGAUGAAUGCUUUGAAUAAGUCUUGAAUAGGUGGGGGAAAAAAACACACUCGCAAACUUUUUUUUUGUUUUCAUUCCUUACAUUAGAAACUGAUGUUGGAUGUUAAGAUAGUGUUGAACUAGAACUAUUGAGACCUAUGGCAUCAUGUGUGAAUUCAGCACACCUUAGACAGGCAUAAGAAACCACUGAGAUCUUGAAAUGUGGCAGUGCUGGCUGUAAUGUUCAUGCACACAAUACCCUUAGUGAAGAAGCACAGUGCAUAUUGUCUUACAAAAGGUAUAUUUUAUGAUGCUAUAUUGAUACAUAUGCAUUGUUGAAAUAUAAUGAACUGUUUGUCUGGUAUUUUACUUGUUGAAUUUAACAUCUUGUUUAUGAUAUCAUUUGCUUAAAUUUAGUCAGGACUUGUAUGUGUAGCCUAACAGCAGUGUGAUGAUAAGAUGCGCUAACUAAGUGAUUAUCUCUUUAAACACAUAAUUAAAGCUAUCAGAUAAUUAAGUUAGAUAACUCUUGUUUGAUUCUUAAUACAAUUGGUGAACGCUAUUUUUCAUUUAGAAAGUUCUGUUCAAGUUUAUCGCAAGUUUGGAUUUUUAGUAAGAUCUCAAAAACUGUUAAUUCAAUUGACUUUUUAUCACACAUUAGUUCAGGGCCAUUAUACAAUUUAAUUAGACUACUUUGUAUAUAAGUUUUGGCCCCCGAUUGACUUAGAAUGUUUUGUACAAGUUUUUCAGCACAUUGGGACCUUUGAUCAUAUAAAAAAAUGUUACAGCAAGAGUAAAACACUAAAGCUUGGAGCUUUAUAUAUAGAUUAUAUAUCAUUCACCACAAAUUAUCACUUGUUUAAAUUAUAUUAUGGUGAAUUAUGGAGUGUGCAGACGUAGAAACAAAUGGAAGAUGACUUGUAUUGAAAUUGUUAUUUUUAAUGGUUUCUAUUAUGUGAUUUCUUUUCUUAAUUUGUCUCUCAGCAGUUUUCAAGGAUGUCAGCCGUGUUGCUCUGAUUUGUCUGUCAAUUCAGUAAUGUCGCUUUGUUGGUUAUCAACUGUUUAAGCUUUGAAACAAUUUAGGUACAAUUUACAAAACAGAAUCAAACUACAUUUCUUACCACCAUUUAUAAUAACUAUAUUGUACUGUUGAAACUGUUUCUCACUGAGUCUAUUACUGCUCAGUCAAGUACUGUACACUUUUAUUUUUGUUGGAUUUGUUAUGUGUUGUUUUCUUUACUUUUGUAAAUAGUAUUGCCCAUAAAAAUGGAAGCCACAUACCAGUAUUGCCCAUAAAAAUGGAAGCCACA